AUGCUUCCAGUCAUUCUACUUGUUAUGGUACACUUACAUUCCCUUCUUUAUCUGACACCAUAACUCUCCAAUUUUAGUUAAAAGGGGUAUCCACUUUUCAAUUAGACAAUGAAAUCGUGGGUGAUCCGAAAUUCGAGUGCAAUCCGGACAGCAUCAGCUUCUCGUUCAACACCAGAAACGCAUUCAAGUCUGUUCUUUCUUUCCGAGAGCUCCCCCGAUCUUUUCGUUUCAGAGGCAACGUCUACAUCCGCGGCUUCUACGGUUCGCCCUCUUGUCGUCGUCGUUACGAUGUCCCCUCGCAGGGCGGUUCCCUCUCGAUUCGUUUGGGAGACUGCGGAAUGAGACGGUCGCGGCAGAUCAGCGGAAUUCUUCCGCGCGGAGUCAACCAGCACAUCACCUUCGUCGCCAACUUCCAUCCGCUUUUCUCGACCAAAGAGGACCGAGCAUUCAGUAUUCGUUGCUUUUACGCGCACAGUGAGUCUGUGGUGAAGGCGGACAUGGCGGUGAAGUGAGUGCCAUUUCUGUUAAUCUUAUGAUUGUUCUGUUAAUUUUCUGAUUUGUUGCAGUGGCGUGCCGGAAGAGUCCGUCGAGAAGGGCAUUACUGUGGUCCCUACGUGCACUUAUUCUCUGAGAGAAGGCACUUAUGAAGGUCCGAAAGUGAUGAAUACGAGAGUCGGAAUGACAAUCGUCCACAGAUGGGACUGUGACACUGUCGGCAACUAUGGAAUUCUGGUCCGAGGAUGCUCGAUCAUUGACUCUCGAGGCGUCGAAUCCGUGCCGCUUCUCGAUGAGAACGGGUGAGUUUGUUGUUUGCCAAAACACCCACAACCCUGGCCCUUCGUCCUUCAGAUGCUCCGUCUCCCGCGACUUUCCCCAAGUAGUCUAUCUCCCUUCCCUCACUUCUGCCUACAUGGCCGUCGAAGCCAUCUCUUUCCCCGAUCAACCAUCCGUUUCUUUCGCGUGCCAGAUAAAACUGUGCGACAAAACGAGCGAUGAAUGUCUAGGAAUGAGUCCUCCCGCGUGCACUCCGCUCACUCAGAUGCCCGUUUCCGGACAGAUUCCUAUGCCGCUUGACAACACGAUCGGGAACACUUUCGGUGGGCAUUUCAGAGAUCUCGCAAAUGGAUCAAAGUGCUGAGUUCAGAUGGAAUUCCGAUGGAACCGUUGGAGCCGUGGAUGAAAGAGCCGAUGCCUCCGGUGGAUGAGAAUGUGACUGUGAUAUCGGAAGGAGAGCCGAUGCCCCGAUUGAUAUCCGAUGAGGAACAAUAUCAAAUCGAAUCGAAUCACGUCGGAAGGGAAAUACGCGAGAAACGGUUCGCCCUCAGACUUUUCAACGUUUCCUCCGAGGAUCUGUUCAUUGAACCGUCCGAGGAACCCAGGAAGUUAGAGACUCCGGGAGCCCCCCGCGAGCCAUCUGCUCUUUCGAAAACCUGCGUCUCCAUUGAAACCUUCUAUCUCUCGGCUCUCGCCGUUCUGCUCGUCUUCCUUCUUUCCAUCGGAAUGGUCUGCUUCUUCGGCGGACACAUUCUGAAAAAGUAAGCGAACUGUCGACAGUUGUUCUUUACUACCACGUCAUUCCUCCCAUUUUACAGAAACAAACAUGACUACGCAGCCAGAAUGUCUGUGCCAGAAGCGUAUUACGUCAGCAAAUUCUGA